CAGGCGGGCCAGGCAGAGCGGGGUUAGACAUGAACGCCGCCUGGGCGCCGGCGGUGCACCGGGAGCCCCUUCUCGAGCGCGGGCGGUUUGUGUGAUUUCUCUAAAAUGCAUCAUCAACAGCGAAUGGCUGCCUUAGGGACGGACAAAGAGCUGAGUGAUUUACUGGAUUUCAGUGCGAUGUUCUCACCUCCUGUGAGCAGUGGGAAAAAUGGACCAACUUCUUUGGCGAGUGGACAUUUUACUGGCUCAAAUGUAGAAGACAGAAGUAGCUCAGGGUCCUGGGGGAACGGAGGACACCCAAGCCCAUCCAGGAACUAUGGAGAUGGGACUCCCUACGACCACAUGACCAGCAGGGACCUUGGUUCACACGACAAUCUCUCUCCACCUUUUGUCAAUUCCAGAAUACAAAGUAAAACAGAAAGGGGUUCCUACUCAUCUUAUGGGAGAGAAUCAAACUUACAAGGUUGCCACCAGCAGAGUCUCCUUGGAGGGGACAUGGACAUGGGCAAUCCAGGAACCCUUUCGCCCACCAAACCCGGCUCCCAGUAUUAUCAGUAUUCUAGCAAUAACCCCCGACGAAGGCCUCUUCACAGUAGUGCCAUGGAGGUACAGACAAAGAAAGUUCGAAAAGUUCCUCCAGGUUUGCCAUCUUCAGUUUAUGCUCCUUCAGCAAGCACUGCCGACUACAAUAGGGACUCGCCAGGCUACCCUUCCUCCAAACCAGCAGCCAGCACUUUCCCUAGCUCCUUCUUCAUGCAAGAUGGCCAUCACAGCAGUGACCCUUGGAGCUCCUCCAGUGGGAUGAAUCAGCCUGGCUACGGGGGAAUGUUGGGCAAUUCUUCUCACAUUCCACAGUCUAGCAGCUACUGUAGCCUGCAUCCACAUGAACGUUUGAGCUAUCCAUCACACUCCUCAGCAGACAUCAAUUCCAGUCUUCCGCCGAUGUCCACUUUCCAUCGCAGUGGCACAAACCAUUACAGCACCUCUUCCUGCACGCCUCCUGCCAACGGGACAGACAGUAUAAUGGCAAAUAGAGGAAGCGGGGCAGCAGGCAGCUCCCAGACUGGAGACGCUCUGGGGAAAGCACUUGCCUCGAUCUAUUCUCCAGAUCACACUAACAACAGCUUCUCAUCAAACCCUUCAACUCCUGUUGGCUCUCCUCCUUCUCUCUCAGCAGGCACAGCUGUUUGGUCUAGAAAUGGAGGACAGGCUUCAUCAUCUCCCAGUUAUGAAGGACCCUUACAUUCUUUGCAAAGCCGAAUUGAAGAUCGUUUAGAAAGACUGGAUGAUGCAAUUCAUGUUCUCCGGAAUCACGCAGUGGGCCCGUCCACGGCAGUGCCUGGAGGUCACGGAGACAUGCAUGGAAUCAUCGGACCUUCUCAUAACGGAGCAAUGGGUGGUCUGGGCUCAGGGUAUGGAACUGGCCUGCUUUCAGCCAACAGACAUUCACUCAUGGUUGGGGCCCAUCGCGAAGAUGGCGUAGCCCUGAGAGGCAGCCAUUCUCUUCUGCCAAACCAGGUUCCGGUUCCACAGCUUCCUGUCCAGUCUGCAACUUCCCCUGACUUGAACCCACCCCAGGAUCCCUACAGAGGCAUGCCACCAGGACUGCAGGGGCAGAGUGUCUCCUCAGGCAGCUCCGAGAUCAAGUCUGACGAUGAGGGCGACGAGAACCUGCAGGACGCCAAAUCUUCCGAGGACAAGAAAUUAGAUGACGACAAGAAGGAUAUCAAAUCAAUUACUAGGUCAAGAUCUAGCAAUAACGAUGACGAGGACCUGACCCCGGAACAGAAGGCAGAACGAGAGAAGGAGCGGAGGAUGGCCAACAAUGCUCGUGAGCGCCUGCGGGUCCGGGACAUCAACGAGGCUUUCAAGGAGCUUGGCCGCAUGGUACAGCUGCACCUCAAGAGUGACAAGCCUCAGACCAAGCUUCUAAUCCUCCACCAGGCUGUGGCGGUCAUCCUCAGCCUGGAGCAGCAAGUCCGAGAAAGGAAUCUGAACCCGAAAGCUGCAUGUCUGAAAAGAAGGGAGGAAGAGAAGGUGUCCUCGGAGCCUCCCCCUCUUUCCUUAGCUGGCCCGCACCCUGGAAUGGGAGAUGCAUCGAAUCACAUGGGGCAGAUGUGAAAGGGUCCAAGUUGCAACAUUGCUUCAUUAAAUCAAGAGACCACUUCCUUAACAGGUGUAUUAUCUUAAACCCACAUAAACACUUCUCCUUAACCCCCUUUUUUUUGUAAUAUAAGACAAGUCUGAGUAGUUACGAAUCGCAGACGCAAGAGGUUUCAGCAUUCCCAAUUAUCAAAAAACAGAAAAAAAAAGAAAGAAAAAGUGCAACUGGAGGGACGACUUUCUUUAACAUAUCACUCAGAAUGUGCAAAGCAGGAUGUACAGGCUGAGACGCAGCCCAGAGACUGAGUGGCAAUCUUUCCACACUGUGGAACAAUGCAUUUGUGCCUAAACUUCUUUUGGAGAAAAAAAAAAUAUAAUUAAUUUGUAAGUCUGAAAAAAAAUAUUUAAUUUAAAAAAAUUGUAAACUUGCAAUAAUGAAAAAAAGUGUACUUCUGAAGAAAACUCCAUGAACGUUUUUGUUGGUAUUCAAGUCAGCUAGUGUUUAUAAUUCCUGGAUACUGAAAUAAAAGGGGAACUCAGCUACCCUAGCUACAAAACCAGCAAACGUCCUGAGAACAAAAUGAUGACCUUAGCCAUUCCUUAGGGUAGGAGGAACAGAUGGAUCUUAUAGACCUAUGACAAAUAUAUAUAUAAAUAUAUAUAUAAAUAUAUAUUAAAAAUUUAGUGACUAUGGUAAGCUUUUGUUCAUUUGUUUCAGACUUUUUUCCUCCUGUAAAAAAAUAGUACUGAUUAACUUUUUUAAAAGAAAGAAUUUUACUGUAAAUAUGGAAUUUUUUUUCUUUUCUCUUUCUUUUUUGGUGGGGGAGGGGGUCUUAUUUCUGUCCCUAUUUCCUGGUUUGUUAUCGUAACCUGCAGUGCCAAUUCUGCUUCCGGAGCGGUAAUGCAGGAAGACUUGCAGACGCUGAUGUUGAUUCUCAUUCAUAAAUAAGUAGAAAGUUGUUUCUCCAGUCUUUUUGGGAACACAGGACUUAAAAGUCACAUCAUGUGUAGAUAAUGCAAGCAGCAUCACCAAGACCUGGCGAAAAAAAAAGAGAGAGAGAGAGAGUUUGUCUGGCUUGGGCUGCUGCUCUUGUGACCCUAUUCUGGGAUUUUUCCAAGGUACAAGGUUAGAAUGCUACAAUGUUACCACUGUGCCUUCCAAUGUUUAUAUCAUCGGAAACAUAACAUAAUCAAAGUGGCUGUGAUUUAACAAAAAAAAAAAAGAUUAAAGUGUUACCUACCUGUGUAGCUGAAGUAGUGUGCAGUGAGGCGUUUCUGAAUACAUGGUCAGAUUUUUGGAAAAAAAAAAACAAAAAAACAAAAAAUAAAAAACAAACAAAAAUAUUAAAAAAAAUAAAAUUCCCAACCCGUCAAUGAGAAAAUUGCAAGUAGUAUGACAGAGCUGAUUGAUUUUGUUGCUUUCUUGACUUUUUUUUUCAAAAUGAGUUAUUACUAUAAUGUAGGUGACUUACCUGCCUCCUCCUUGGUCUGAAAAAUGACAAUAUUCAACCCUCAUGCAGCAUAUGACCAGCCUUAUUAAGUCCUAAAGCAUUAAGUUGCACCUUUUUUUUUUUUUUGAGGAGAGGUAGUGUAGUAUUUCUCUGGCCAGUAUGAAUGAAGUUUAUACUUAUCAUAUCUGAUAGGAACAUAGAUCAAGCUAUGGCACAGCGACUCAUCAGAUAGCUAGCUUUGAUGUCUGGGCACAAUUUCCACCGUAAAUCUUUAUAAUGAUUGACUUUGGUGUAUAAUGCAGUAAGCAGAUAGUGCUCCUAGUUAAGUAUUUGUCAGCAUCCUUUUGUCUAUAACUUGUUUCUAUUUUUACAGCCACACAAUCUUGGCAUGUAUUAAGGAAAAAAAAUCCCUGUUCAAGUAGUUUUUCCACCUAUCAGCACUGAGUAAAUGCCAUAACAUCGAAAUGGUCUAAGCGGUCCAUCUGUUCUCCUGUUUUACCAGUUAUAUAGUAAUGAAAUACAUUUGUAAAUUUUAUGCAACAAAACGGCGAACGUAUCAUUAUUUUGAAAUCGUGUAUGUAAAAGUUAUAUUUUUACAUGUAGACUCUUGUUAUUAUGUGUUUUAAUACAUUGUAUCAGUUUUUGUUUUUCUAAACUGUGUGGUUUUUAAAAAAAAACAAAUGAAGUCUCAUUUAAAUGAAAUAGUGAGCUACAAGAAUCUGAAUUUUAUGUUCAUUUCUGAAAAAAAAAACAAUGUAAGAACAAAUAAGAUAGUUACCACGUGGUCAUCUUUUACAAACCCAGAAACAUUGUGUGUCUGUGUGUGUGUGUGCGUGUGCGUGUGCCCGUGUGUGCGUGCGCACAUGUUGAAAACUGUAAAUAUGUUCAGUAGUGAUAAAAUUAAAUGCUUUGAUUUGUUGAUAAGUUCCUAAAAUGUGGAGGUGGAUUGAAACUGUAGGGGAAUAGCAGAAAUUCAAACUUCACGAAAAGUGAUAUGAGGCUUUCCUGUGAAGUAUAUAAACAAAAGAGUCUCAAAGAAGAACGUAGAAGACAAUAAUGUGUCUCUCCCCUCCUCCCUGAAUAAUGGAAACCAUGUGUACUUGUUCCCUUGGUAUGUUAAAGAUUUCCUUGUAGUAGCAUAUUCUACAUUCUUUUUUGUAUAGUCUACCAAGGCGGGUAUCCCUAGGAACAAUGUUAUAUAGGAAGCAGGUCUCCUCUGAUGACAUUCAGGAUGAGUGUGUACAGAAGAAGAAAUGGUGUUUACUCUCUAGGGAACUGGAAAUACUCCUUGUAUUGAUGUAAUGUUAAGAAUGGCACUUUUGAUAACUUAUUAUCAGAAAGGUGCUUGCUAGAGCUGAAUUAAAGAUUUUCAAACUGUAAACAAAACAACGCAAAAAAAGCCAAUUGUAGUCAUUUGAUUUUUUUUCUUUUUAAAUUGGUGCUUUCUAUUUUGUUCUCACUCAAACAGUAAAAGAUGAACUUUCUCCUUCACCAGCUUUGAUGUAUUCAUUACUCAGUAAUGCAGCACCUCGAUUGUGGAAUUCCCUUUGGAAAGAAGCGGGAAAACUUCCUAACAGUCACCCAAAGUUGUUGCUUGCUUUUUGUUUGUUUGUUUGUUUGUUUGGUGGAGAAACAUGAUCUGCACCUAUUCAUAUUAAGUGGGAUGUAUCCCCAGUUUAUAAAGAGAGAGAGAGAAAGAAAGAAAGGGAUUGUAGCCUUCUUGUGUUUUUCUUUUCUUUUUUGUUGUUUGUAAUUAUCAGACCCAGGUAAGAUAUUGGUACCCUGCACUGGACUUUGAAGUCAAAUUUAGCAGAAGACAGGAUUGAAGUAUUAUACAACACAUUUCAUAAAGGUCCAUGCUACACAAUGUAGAUAUUUAUACACAGUGAUACUUAGGCUGGGGAUCGAUUUUAGAAACUUGGACUUUGAAAGCAACUCAGAACAAUUGAUCCACCUCCACAUUCAAAUAAUUUAUGAAUAUGCAGAAUAGGGAUCUAUUCAUCUAGGCAUUUUUUUUAACCAUUUGUCUUCUGUGUAGCUGCAAGAAACACUAAUGUUUAUAUAUCUGUCAGUGCACCCAGCGGUGCAGCUAAUGCCGAUUCAGUCUUCCGAUUGCUUUUUGUUUGUUUUACACUUCUUCCUAUCUCUUGACUUACAAAAGAAUUUUUUUGUCGUUCUUAAUUUUUAUUUUGUUGAGGGGUUGGGGGGAGUGGGGAGGGAAUAGAACAGGGACUUGGGGAAUGAAGAGAAUGUUCGUCUUUGCAUCCAACAGGCAGAAUAUGAUCUGUGUCCAAAACUAAACUUGAGUCAGGAAUGAAACCAUUUCAGCAUAAACAAGCACAAAAAUUUAGUCUGCUGGCUGACUGGAAGAAAAAAAAUCAAGAUGGAAUAUGAUGAAUUCCAACACAAUGGGGCACCAAGGCCACAAGGCCUAUCUUCUUUAUUUUGCUUUGGUUUUGUUGGUUUUCAUUUAGAGACAUGCUCUUUCUAAUGGGACUAGAAGUGGAUUCAUCUAUGUGCAGUGCUGGUUUUGCCAUACUCAUUUCAAGUAUUAUAGACAUAUGUAAUGGUGAAAAUAUAUGAACUGUGGCCUUUUUCAUUCUUGUUACUUGUGAUGCAAUUAAGUGAAGAUAAGAAAAAAAAAAAAGCAGAGAUUUACCAUGUAUCAGUGCCUGGCUUUUUGUUAUAAAGCUUUGUUUGUCUAGUGCUCUUUUUGCUAUAAAAAUAGACUGUAGUACACCCUAGUAGGAAAAAAAAACUAAAUUUAAAAAUAAAAAAUAUAUUUGGCUUAUUUUUCGCAGGAGCAAUCCUUUUAUACCAUGAAUAUUACAAAAAAAUUGUCAGAUUCUGAAUAUUUCUUCUUUGUAGAUUUUUGGAAUCAUUAUGAGUAAAGUUUGUUACUUUAUUUUACUAUUUAAAAGAUGUUAUUUUACCAUGUGUUACCAAGAUGAAACUGUAUGGUAGCUUUUUUUUGUUUUUUGUUUUUGUUUUUGUUUUUUUAGUUGUAGGUCGCAGCGGGAAAUUUCUUCCGACUGUACACAUAGCUGCAGCAUUAAAAACUAAAAAAAAAAAAAGUUAAAAAAGAAAAAAAAAGGGAAAACAUUUCAAAAAAAAAAGAUAAACAGUUACACCUUGUUUUCAAUGUGUGGCUGAGUGCCUCGAUUUUUUCCAUGUUUUUGGUGUAUUUCUGAUUUGUAGAAGUGUCCAAACAGGUUAUGUGCUGGAGUUCCUUCGAGACAAAAACAAACCCAGCUUGGUCUAGGCCAUUACCUGUUUCUCAUCUGUAGUUAUUCGAUGAAGUCAUGUACAUGACCGUUCUGUAGCAAUAAAUGUGCCAUUUUUAUAAA